CAGGAAGAAGCGCUAGGCGGCGCACGUGGGUGGCUGCACCGCGGGCGGGUACAUGGCGGGUUCUGCAGGGCUGUCGCUGUGCGGGCAUGCGCUGGUGGUGCGGGGCGGCAGCCGGUUGCUGGCCACCUCCACUUCGAGCAGUGAUGAUGACAGCCUCUUCAUAUAUGAUUGCAGUGCUGCAGAAAAGGAGACACAAGAGCAUAAAGGGGAGGACGGACAGCCCGUGGAUAAGGGGAGUGACACGAUUCUGGCGUCCACCUUCUCCAACUCUGGCAGCUAUUUUGCUUUAACUGAUGACAGUAAGCGUCUGAUUCUUUUCCGUACAAAACCAUGGCAAUGUCUGAGUGUCAGGUCUGUGGUGAGGAGGUGCACAGCCCUGACCUUCACGGCCUCUGAGGAGAAGGUUCUGGUAGCAGACAAGUCUGGGGACGUUUAUUCCUUUUCGGUGCUGGAGCCGCACGGGAGCGGCAAGCUUGAACUGGGACACCUGUCGAUGCUGCUGGAUGUGGCUGUGAGUCCCGACGACCGCUAUGUCCUCACUGCCGACCGGGACGAGAAAAUCCGAGUGAGCUGGGCCGCGGCUCCGCACAACAUCGAGUCCUUCUGCCUUGGGCACACCGAGUUUGUGAGUCGCAUCUUCGUGGUGCCCGACCACCCCGAGCUGCUCUUGUCCUCCUCCGGGGACCGCACCCUGAGGCUCUGGCAAUACAGAAGCGGCCGCGAGUUGCAUUGUUGUCACCUGCCCAGCCUGCAGGAACCAACGGAGCCCUGGAGCGACAAGAGGUUUGCUGCGUCCAGGAUCACUUACUGGCGCCAGGAGGACUGCGUGGCGCUCUUGUGUGACGGAUUUAUUGAGCCUUGUUUUAUGUUCCACAAUAUGGUGGCGGUCUCACGUGCCCUUGAAGAGAACAUGUCCCAUCGUUGCUGGCUGGAGGAGUGUUCUGUAAAUGUCCAUCAGGUCAAGUCGGUGAUGCUGUCAGUUGUUACCAAUUUCAGAAACACAGCCAUAAUCCUAAUUUCUGUGUACCUCUCUCACGUACUGAAAGCAGUACUUAAAUGUCUAAUUGAGGAACUAAUUUUCCAUUGUCCUAGUGGUUUUUGAUUCUGAUAUUAGGUGCGUACACACGUAGCAGUAGUGUGUCAUCUUGAUGAAUGAUGCCUUAUCAUUCUGAAAUAUCCCUCUGUCCCUAGUCCUAUUCUUUGUUCUGAAGUGUAGGUUAUCCUGUGAAUGCAGCCACUCCAAGUAAAAAGUUAGUGUUAGCAUGGAAUUUCUUUUUUCAUCCCUUGUAACCUAUGUAUGUGUUUAUAUUUAAAGUGGUUUUUUUUGUUUUUUGUAGACAAUGUCUUCUUAUCCUCCAAAUUUUGGAUUUCAGUGGGAAUUCAGCUGAGCCACGUAUGUAAUUUAAAGUGUUCAGUAGUCACUUUGAAAAGUUUGAAAAAGCAGAUAAAAUUUUGAGAAUAGUCUGUUUAACCAAAUACAGCAAAAAUAGUGUUUCAACAUAUAAUCUAUAUAAAAGUUAUUCAUGAGCUGUUUUACAUACUAUUUUUAAUCUUAGUUGUCAGAAAUAUGGUGUGUACUUUACAUAAGGUUCUUCUUUCAGAAAGCCUUGGUAGCCUAGAUAAACUGCGUGAAUGACCUUGCUUUGCCCUUCCCACACCCUAAUUCCCACUCUUAAGCCUCAAAGUAGCCAAUAAACAGUGAACCCUUGAAACCCUAGGCACCCCAGCGUCGGCCCCAAUAGCGGCAGCGCCCCAGGCUCAUGCAUUUGCACGGUCACUCUCCUCGGCCUCGCCGUGUGGCCGUCGGGCAUGCUGUGCCCUCUAGGACUGAGUAAUAAAGCUCAUUUCUCAAAGUUCCCUGAUGGCUUUUGCUGAAGCGCGUCCUGCAACCGUAAGAACCAGACCGGCUGGUCCAGCCACAGCCUUGGCUUUGGUGGGGAUAACGUCUGGGGGCUCACUCUAAGUAAUUCGGGUUGUAUGAAGCACAGGUGCAGUUUUGUAAGAAAGCUCCGUACCAUUUUCCAGAGUGGGUGUGUCAUUUUACAUUCCUAUGGGUGAUGCACGUUGACCCAGUUUCUCUGCAUCUUCACCAGCAUUUGGUGUCGUCACUGUUUUAUCUUAAGUGAGUUUUGAGAGUUCUUUAUUCAAGUUCUUUGCCAGAUAUGGUUUGCAAACGUCUUCUCCCAGGGCGCAAUUCCUUUUUUCAUCCUUUGAACACGGGGUCUUUUGCAAAGCAAACACAUGUAAUAUUGAUGGGCUCCAGUUUAUCAGUUUUUUCCUUUGACGGAUGGUGCUUUUGGUGUCAAGAAUCCUUUUCCUAGCCCUAGCCCCUAAGGAUUUUCUUCUAUGAUAUUUCUAGAUGUUUCAUAGUUUCAUGUUUUACAUUUAAAUCCAUGAUCCAUCAUGAGUUAACUUGAAAUUUAUUUAUUUAUUUGUUUUUGGCUGCGUUGGCUCUUUGUUGCGGUGCGCGGGCUUCUCAUCCCAGUGGCUUCUCUUGUUGUGGAGCAUGGGCUCUAGGAGCAUGGGCUUGAGUAGUUGUGGCACACGGGCUUCAGUAGUUGUGGCUCUAGAGUGCAGGCUCAGUAGUUGUGGCGCACGGGCUUAGUUGCUCCACUGCAUGUGGGAUCUUCCCGGACCAGGGCUCGAACCCGUGUCCCCUGCAUUGGCAGGCGGAUUCUUAACCACUGCGCCACCAGGGAAGCCCAAUCAUGGGUUAAUUUGUAUGUAAGAUGUGAGGUUCUGUUCUUUGACUGUGGACGCCUGCCUGCCCUGGCACCACUUGUUGGGAAGGCUGUCUGUCCUCCGUUGAAUUGCUGUUGUGGCCUUCAUUGUGGAAGGAUAUCUUCGCUGGAUGUAGUUCUUUCAUUUUCAUUUCUUUGGAGAUGUUCCUGCUUUGUCUCGGGGCCGCCCUCGUCUCCCCAGUGUCUGUUUUCCUCUGUGCUGGUGGCCUCAGUGUCUGUGCACAAAGUCCGUGCCCAGCUUCGUGCCCCGGCAGCUGGACCCUCUGCCUUUUCCUUUGCGGGUUGGCACAGUGGCAGGCGUGGUCAGUGGAGGGCGCUGGGCUGGGCUGGGGGGGCACUGCAGGAGGACGGGGUUGCUGCUCCAGGGCCCAGGGCCCUUUCUUCCUGGGCUGUGAUAUGCCGGCCAGCAGCACGGGCUGCUCUGUCACACCCCAGUGGGCUCCCAGUGAGCGUCCACCGCACCCCAGCAGGAGGCGUCCUGGCACGUGCCCUGGCACCACGUCCAGCUCCCAGGGAGUCUGUCUCCCGGUGCCCCAGUGAGUUGCUGGAACCCUGGCAGGCGGCUUUCUGCUCGCCAGCGCCACCAGCCGGCACACCACAGCCGCACCCCCUCAAACAAGGUCCAGUCCCCACCCCAAACCCCCAGUGGGAUGCUGCCAUCUCCCCGAGGUCCACAGAUGCCAUGCUUCUCCUGGCUUGUUCCUUCUUGGACCCUCUGUGUUAGUCCUGGAGGUGCUGGCUACUCCCAGACCUCAGAUUCCUUUGUUCUUUAAAGUUCUUUAUGCUUUACUCAGCAACCCUCUGUUCCUAUUUAACAAUUCUUUAUAUUAGAGUUUUCCUCCUUAAAUUAUCUGUGUGAUUUCUGUCUCUUGACUGAUACACCUUCUUUUCCCCACUGUACAUAAUGUGUCUUCUUUUCCCGGCUUUUUAAGAAGUUUUCCUCUUCAUCACUGGUUUUCUAUAAUUUGAUCAUGAUGUGCUUUGGGGGUAUGUGUGUGUUUAUCCUGUUUAGCAUUUGCUGAGUUUCUUAGAUCUGUGGAUUUAUCAUUUUUAUCAAAUUUGGGAGUUUCCAAGUAUUAUUUCUUCAAAUAUUUUUUUCCUUCCCCCUUCUCUCUUUGCCUCCUGCAAACUCCAGUACUUGUAUUUCAGACUGUGUGAUGCAGGCACCAAGGUCAGCCAGUCUCGGCAGUUCCUCUUCGGGCCUUUUUCUAUUUGUGUUUCAUUGUGGAUAGAUUCUUUUUUUUGAAAUAUAUUUUUGGCUGUGUUGGGUCUUCGUUGCUGUGCACGGGCUUUCUCUAGUUGCGGCGAGCAGGGGCUACUCUUCGUUGUGGUGCGCGGGCUUCUCAUUGCGGUGGCUUCUCUGUUGCGGAGCACAGGCUCUAGGCGCGUGGGCUUCAGUAGUUGUGGCUCACGGGCUCUAGAGCGCAGGCUCAGUAGUUGUGGCUCACGGGCUUAGUUGCUCUGCGGCAUGUGGGAUCUUCCCGGACCAGGGCUCGAACCCGUGUCCCUUGCAUCGGCAGGCGGAUUCUUAACCACUGCGCCACCAGGGAAUUCCAUGGAUGGAUUCUGUUUCUCAUCUUCACGUUCCCUGAUCUUUUCGUGUAAGCUGCUGUCAAUCCAAGGCUGAGUAUUUUCUGAAUCAGAUAUUGUAUUUUUCAUCUCUGUAAUUUCGAUUUUGUUCUUUUAAAAAUAUGUUUCAUUUUUCUCAUCAUACUCAUUAAAAAAGUGUCCUUGAGCACAUGGUGCCUACUGAAAAUGAUUGUUUUCUUUUACAUUAACUCCAUCUUGUCUGUGAUUUCUGGUCUGUUUCUGCUGACUGGUUUACCUUCUGUUUAUAGCACCUAUUUUCCUGCCACUAUGUCCAGGAGGUUUUUUACUGGGGGCCUGAUAUUGUGACACUUUCACGGUUGAGUGCUCAGCUUUAUUAUCUUCCUUUAAAGAAUGUUUCACUCUUCCUGGCAGGCUGUUAAGCUCCUGUGGAUGGAGUCGGUCCUUUUGGGGUCUGUUUUGGAGCUCAUCGGGGCAGGUCUGGAGCAGCCUUUAGAGGGAUAGUGUACUCUGCUUUCUGAGGCCGGCCCACCUGGCAUCCCUGGGGAACACCCUGUGUGUUCAUGAAGUCUCCCCAUGCUGGGCUGGCCGGAGGGGCCUCGGAUGACGCCUGGUCUGGGAAUUGUCCUGUCCUCAGAAGUACUCGUGUGAGCCUCGCGGGGUUUCACCACACGUGCGCAGGGUGGUGUUAAAGCAAAGACCCAAGGGGACCCGGGCAGCUCCCUCUUCUCAGGCGCCCUGUCCCAAACUCAGCUGCCCUGCCUCCGAAUUCCCUUCCACCUGGACCUGUCCCCGCUGUGCUGCGGCCGAAGGAUUACUUGAGGCAAAAAGUCCUGAGGCCUGUGUCGCCAGGUUUCCAGUUGGUCCUGGGGGGCGGGGUGUGUGUGUCUGGGCCCGCCGUGUUCCCCGUGGUCUGCGGUUCAGUCACAUUUGUCCUGUGACGAGUGAGGCCUGGCCUCUCAUCUCUGACCUGCCUGUGACCGUCCUUGGCCCAGUUGCUUGGCAGUGUUUCCUGGGGGGAGGGGGGGCUGAUCUGAAGGACGUCUUUCUAGCCUUUCCUCUGUUAUGUGAAUUGCGCAUCUUUCCCAGUUUGACUUUUGGCUUUUUUUAAAGAUAUUUUCUUUUUAAUAUGGCCUUUUCUGGUAGUCAGAUUCAUCCAUCUUUUUAUGAUUUGGGGUAUCACACUGUAUUUGGGAAGGUUUUCUCCACCCUGCAUACCUUUGAGACAGCUGGUUUAGGAAUGGGUGGGGCAGAAGCGUGGUACCAAGGACAGGACAAGCCCGCCUGACGUGGGGAGGAACGUGUGGGAAGACUGUGAUUUCCGCAUCAAAAGCCAUUUAUUUUUCCCCCCAAGCCUGGCUUUUUACCCGUGAAAUGGAAGCAAAGUGGUGCUAAGAUUCACAGUGGGAUUUGCCAAUUUUUGAAGCAGAAAAUCACCAGCCUGACAUUUGAUGCUAUGUUUUGCUGGUUCCAAUUCCAUGACA